AUGAAACCAAGUAUAAUUGGUGUUGACUAUCUGGCAUACGAGUGGCAGCCAAGUGAAUUGAUUGCCUGUCACCGAGAGAUGCGCCACAAAAUGACUGAACUCUCGGCCAAAAUUCGAUGUCCUAACGAUAAACGAACUUGCAAAAUGCUCGACUCAGACUAUGCACGUCUAACACGGUGUCAGAAUGCGGUCUGGCGUCAAAUGGCCAAUAGAUGUACAGACGUCCUAGGUAGCAAAAAUCCUCUACUUGAUCCAGCAACUCUUUUGUGGGACAAGGAAGCUGAUUGUAAUUGGUUGUAUGGACCACUGUACAACAACAAGAUCACUGUGUUUCGUAGUAGACCAACCAAUGGUCUCAAGUCUGCCCUGAAAACACCACGCACAUCAUCGAAACCAUUCUUCAAAUUCACCAACAAUUACAACUACAAUUACAAUAAUAAUUCUAAAAUCAACUUGAGCAACAGUAGCAGCACCAGCACCAGCAGCAGCACCAGCAGCAGUAGCAGUAGCAGUAGCAGUAGCAACAGUAGUAGCAACAGGAGUAUCAAAAGUACUGUUAGUGUUAAAAGUAGCCAAGGCCUUCAUGUGCGGUCCCCUAACGAGGUCCGGUUUGAUCCAGAGAUCCGUCGGAUACUCUAUCAAUCUGAUCUUCCUCCAACCCAUGACUCUCUAUUGACGGAAAAGAUAAGAGUCAAGACGCUUGAUGAUUACUGUGCUGAAAUGGAUGCCAAUACCCAGUUUGACGAUGAUUGUGAUGGUGGUAUUGACACGGAUGAUUUGGUAUACGAGUGCACCCUCUGGGUCCGCCAAAAGAUCCUCUCGCUACAUUUCUUGGCUUCUCACAGGUCUCGGAUCGAUUCCGUCCCAUGCGCUCGUCCACGUGAUCUGGUCGUACUUAUCAUCCGUAUUCUGCAAUCGAUGGUUGCUGCGACUACAAUGUGGAUGGUCUAUCAGAGUCUAUUGCCUGUCCGAUGGCUAAUUCGACCUGCCAAAAAGAGCCCAGCCUCUAAGAUGAAUAACAAGUCCAUCCAAUAG